AUGGCUCUGGGCCAGAUAGUGUUCGCGUAUCGCCCAGUCGCGUUCUCCCUGGCCAAGAGCCAUACUACUCGAAUCGAGGUAGGGCAUCAUGUUAUUCGCCCAUGGCUGCUCUUGACGGCCCAGGAGAAGCUCGACAAUGCUACAGGCCCCAAACCACUACCCGCCGCGGCGCUAUUCAGUGCCUACGACGAAGUUCUUCCUCAGCAUGGCGUCGAUCCGGACUCUGAUCACCAUCUCUCGGCCUUUGUAUUCAGAGUUAGUGGCGAAGAGGGUGGUGGAAGCCUGCUGGACAAGUUUCAGUCAAUCCUCGGCCGUAUAGGCAUCGUUCUCGAAUUUAGCGACGACUCGAUUACUUCUCCGCACGGCUACCCGGAGCAUCCUCUGUCUCCAAAUCCGAUAGAUACUGGCCAUUGGUAUCCUGACGACCUCCCCAUCAAAGAAGACGAUGAUUUUCCUCAGAUCAGACCUCGUGCUUACAGCGCAACUUCACUGGAGAACGACUCAGCCCUCCCAAAAAAUCGAGCCCAAGAAUCAAGGAAGAAAAAUGAUAAACUCGAAAAAGAUGAUCUCUCACAUGUUCAUUUGGAGGCGGAGGUAUACCCCUCGGCCCGGAUCUCGACGACUGCCACACGACACCUUGAUCCUUAUCAUUAUUACCCAAGCCCGCUGUUCGAUCACCUGCCUCUUAAUCUGCGUUCUGUGGGCGGCACACCUGAUGACGACGCAAAAGUGCGCCUAUUGGCGCCACAAACCGAUAUUUCCCAACAAUCUUCGAAGCAAAAAUCGAAACGAAAUAGCUUGGUUAUGGGGUUGGAUGAGCUUCCUGGAUCCAUCCGAGAUCUUGAUCAAGAUCAACAACUCAGUGAACUAGAAGAAGACGAAAAGAAGGUCCAAACGGCUGCAAUGCAAGACAAGCGAAACCCCCCCGCGAAGACGGUCGAAGUAAAUCAAAAUACUAGCAAGCCUAAUGGUGUGGACAUGCCAGCGUCCCCCGACUAUAUACCCAAAGAUGCUCCAUUAGCAUUACACUCAAUACGGAAUGGUCCUCCUCUGGCUCUUUCUUCGCAGAAUGAAACUACCCUAUCGCGACAACAACAAGAGCAGCUGCUUACAAGAGCGACCCGAGCUCGCGAAAUUUACUUGGCAAGCAAAGUGUUCAACCAUUGGGCAGACCGAACCGCAGGGCGACUUGAGCGGGAAGGUGUAGCUAGAAGACAUAUGAUUCGCUUUCGCUGUUUCCAGGGCUGGACCUGUGCGCCAAGUUUGCGAUUCCCAGUCGUUGACCAGCUGAAAGCCCUCACGGCAGUUCAGAAACUACAGCGUGCUGUGUCGUAUCAAGAGGAGCAACUCCGUCUUGCGGCAUCAGCAAUCUCUCAAAGCCAUCGUGCAAAGACUGCGUCGCGUGUUUAUGAUCAAUGGUGCUCACAUUUGAUAUCACUCGCCUGCCGUCGGAAAUUGAAUAAGAAAUCGAAACAAAGUGCCCUUUUGGCAUGGAAAUCAAGUUCUUCUAGCAAUCUCAUCAGAAGCCAAGCCAUUCGCAGAUUCAAUAAGCGCGAAGGUGUCAUUACCACAUUGUCAAAACUACAAGAUCACGCAAUACUGAAUAGCCGUCAAUUUCACACAGCUAGACAAAUAGGGUCGCUCCAGCUGUUAUUUGGCUAUCUCACCGAGUGGAGAGAUCAGAUCCAGGUCAAAUCGCAAUCAUCGGCCUAUUGCGCCAGGACAUCCAUUGCAACGAUUAGUCGAACUUUCCAAAAUUGGAAUCUGUUGGUACGAGUGCAAGCAUUUCGAUGGAGGGCAGAUUUCAUAUCCGUGACGCGAGCUCUUGAAAGCUGGCGGAGACACUAUAUACAAGAAGAAUGGAGGCGAAACAUGGCUACGAAUCAUCUGAAGUCAUUCCAGAUAUCAAACGCUUUACACAUUAUGCAACGGUCUAGUGGCCUCGAAGCGCAGCGGUCGCAUCUAAGUAGUCGAGCUAGGCUUUUCAUUGUCACAACGCACAUAUUGCCUAUCAUGGACUCUGCCGUGGAAAUACGAAAGGCUCAGAUGAAAGAAAUGAUCAGGCGCUACUUGAUGAUGAGAUACACACAAGUCUCUUCGGCAAGGAAAAAGCGAAACUUUUAUGAGGCUUUCGAUCACUGGCGAGCCCUGACAGCUCAGGCUACUUCCGACAACGAUGUUGUUAUUCUUUAUAAUUCAAAAUACUAUUAUGGCCAGCUUGACCUCGCCCUAACGAAGUGGAGCAAGCAGGCUGAAGAAGAUUUAGACGUUCAGUUGGCUACUUAUAAGCAUUAUGCGCAGGCCAUGCUAACGACUUGGGCUGAUGCUGCCAAAGAGCAGGAGCGGAUGGAUAUGCAAUCAGUUGACAUAUGGGCCAUCCGCAGGCAACGGCAGCACCUCAAAGCGUGGUCAAUAUCAUCAUUACAGCGAAGCGGGCAAGCCCACAGUGCAACCAAGGUACUGCAAAGGAAUUACAACGAGAAAAGGAACCGCGCAUUUCAACAUUGGAGACAAUAUUGCGCCAGCGCAGAUGCCGUUCGCUCAGAGCAAGAUCAACUAAGAUUUACCCCAAAAUCUGAGCUCCCAAGUAGCCGUCGCAGCGGCUGGCGGACACUUUCUGUGCGCCGACAUCUGCUGACGGAAAGACACAAUAAGCAGGAGAGUGCGGCCAAGCCGAUCGAAACACCGACACGCUGGACGGGCAUGCCAUUGAACAUGUCUUUCCCUAUGUCGGCAAAGCCAUUGGCCUCAUGGCGAGAAAUCGACGAGGAAUCGGUCACUUCUAGUGACACUGAGGAUGUCGCAAUGUUGAAGUCUCCAAGCAAGCCACCCUCUAAUACGGGACGUAUUGCUUUACCAUCUACCACUCCCCGGGGUCCAGUACCAGUACACUUGAACCUAAGGGCCAUGAGAGCAGAAACCUCUCCGCACCGUUGGAGCAAUAGUGACACUACUUCGCCAUCAAAACUGGACCUAACUCAAAACACACCGCGUGGGCCACAAGCAACUCCAAAGCCUAGUUUGGUAUUUGACGAGUUCUACAGAUGGUAG